AUGGCAACCACUGAAACAAAACGCCCCGUGGUCUGUGUCUUCUGCGGCUCCGUCGAAGGCACAAACCCUGCACAUAUGGACACUGCCCGACGCCUCGCCCAGAUCUUCCACGAGAACAACAUUCAGCUCGUAUACGGCGGCGGCACAAAGGGCCUGAUGGGCGAGAUCGCGCGCACACUCGUCUCGCUCUCCGGGCCCGAAUCCGUGCACGGCAUCAUACCCCGCGCUCUGGUGAGCAUCGAACCCGGGUACAAGAAUGGCAACAGCGGCACCCCCUCAACAUCGUCCGCGUCUGCCGGAGGCGGCGGCAAAGAAGCCGAGCGGGUUGUCGGCGAGAGUCAGGAUGGCAACGUUCCGUCCUCAGAGUACGGGCUGACGACGAUCGUGGCGGACAUGCACACACGGAAACGGCUGAUGGCGGAGAAGGUGCGCGGGGGAGGCCCAGGGAGUGGAUUUGUUGCGCUGGCUGGUGGGUUCGGUACGAUUGAAGAGGUCAUGGAAAUGACGACGUGGAAUCAGCUGGGAAUUCAUCACUUGGGAGUUGUGCUGUUGAAUAUUGCGGGAUAUUGGGAUGGGUUAUUGGAGUGGGUGAGGAAUUCGGUUAGGGAGGGGUAUGUGUCUAAGGAGAACGAGGGUAUACUGGUGGAGGCCAAGGCUGUUGAAGAGGUUUGGCCGAAGCUGGUGCAGUAUCAGGUUAGUGAGGGGAGGUACCAGUUGAAGUGGGAGGAUGAAUAG